UUACCGGUAUUGGAAUAAAAUCCGAUUUAUCCCUCACUAACUCACUAAGGACAUUAAGUGAUCCGACUUAAAAGAACUAAGCCACUACGUAUCAGUACUAUUUAUUAAUUUUCAAUCUUUGUGUGAUGACAUUUUAUAUGGAAAUGAAACUAUGCAAUUAAUAACCUAAGACAUAUGUUAUGCCGGUACCGUUCUUCACUACAUGAAAUGUUUCAUGAAAACUUAAAGAAAAUUCAAAAAUACUGGAAAACUUUGUGUUCUGAAAAAAUUUGACAAGAUGGAUGCAGAAGAUGUUUACGCCGAAAAUACUUGGACGUACCUAUCUAUGUGUACAGAACCAACUGUGUACGAAGGACUAAAAUUUGCUAAAGAUAUUUUAUUUUCUAAUUUGUUACUUCGUUUUACCAUUCAGUUUUUACCAUUACCUCAUAAUGUCAGACACAGUUUAUCUCUUAUUACGGGAGUUUACUUACUGUACAACAACAUUGGGUCAGCAAUUUUUUGGACAAUAGGGCUAACUACUGGAUCUUAUACAAUGAUCACAGUGCUAUCGUGGACUAAAAGUAAAAGGAGGUCACUGUUUGUGUCAUUUACAAUAAUCACAUUUCUUCUAUUAUGCGAAAUAUAUGUUUUGAAUCCAAAAAUGUGGCAACAGAUCAGAGGUAUUCAGAUGAUUGCUGCAAUGAAGAUUAUUUCUGUUGCAAUAGAACUGGAUAGAAAUAUAUACAAUAACAUCCUCAACCCAGUUGAAUAUGGAGGUUAUAUUUUUUGCCCUGCAAAUUGCAUUCUUGGCCCUUGGAUGUCCUUUCAAAGCUACAACAAGAGUUUGGAAGUCAGAUUCUUGUGCAAGAGAUGGUUCAGUAUUAUUUUGAUAAACUUAAUCUUGUCAAUCUCAUUCUUGGUAUUAUCAAACUGUCUGAUACCUUGGUAUAUUGAUGAUGAUAUGCCGAAAUGGUUGAUAGCAUAUAGAGACGCACAAGCAUUUAGAAUGUCCCAUUAUUUUGUAUCAAGUAUGUCAGUUCUUUCCAUGGUUAGUGCUGGAUUUGGGCUUACUAAUGACUGCCAUUGUGAGCUUAAAGUUACUAGACCUUCCUACAUUGAAAUACCCAGAUCACUUGUUCAAGUUGUUGUUUAUUGGAACAUUCCAAUGCACCAAUGGUUGAAAAUGUAUGUCUUCAAGACAUUUCAGCCCUAUGGUCAAUUUACAGCAAUACUCAUAACUUAUGCAGUGUCAUCAUUACUUCAUGGCCUCAAUUUCCAGCUGUCUGCAGUGCUUCUUAGCAUUGGAACAUUUUCAUAUGUUGAAUAUAACUUGAGAAGCAAAAUUGCAUUAGCACUUGAAGUAUGUUGCUUAGCUAAUCCAUGUUUGAAGCAAUGUACUCACAAAUAUAAGAAAAAUAGUUUACUUGCAUUGGUUGUGAAUUCCAUCUUUACAUUGAUAACGAUAAUGCAUUUAGCAUAUUUAGGAGUCAUGUUUGAGGCAUCAUUUUCAGUACAAGAGUCAGGGUUUUCAUAUUUACACACAAUGAGUAAAUGGGAAAACCUUAAUUAUUUCAGUCAUGGACUUGUUGUCUUUAUGUAUAUCAUUUAUUUAAUGAUGUGACUUCCUAAUUUAAGUAGUAGCAGUAUCUAUUAUUAACAAUUAAUAAAUUUAAUCUCUAUUUACUUUGAUCUCACCUAGUAUUUACUUUUAUAUGAACUAAAUAAAUCUUUAAUUAUUUUAUGUGGAUUGUAUGAGACGAUAAGCAGUAAGAUAGCAGAUAAGCAGUAGAUAGAUAAGCAGUAAAUUAAGGUAUGAAUCCCUAUUCUUAUCAUUUUGUUUACAGUAGUUAGGCUGUAAACUUAGACCUCUACAUCUAAGAGGUUACUGGAACUGAUAAAUGUCACAAAAGAUUCCAAUGUCAGAUUGAUUGAAUUUUCAACUGUAAGCAUUUUUCCAUUCUGCCCUCCAACUAGAAUUGUUUUUAAUAGAGAUAGGCUAAACAGUAGUAUCUGGUGACAGAUUUAGUUAAAAAGAUACCCUUCCAUCUACACAUAAUGUGGUCUACUAUAUUAGGCUGAUGAUAGGUAUAUACCUACAGCCACUGUCAGUGUUUACUACCUUACAGGAAAUAAUAUUUACAAGACAAAGCCAUAACUCCAUGUAAAAUACUACUCUCAGAAUUUUAAUGGUAAAUUUCGUUUAUAAUAUUAAUUCUAAAUAUUUGUAUUUACUAAAACCUUGACUUGUAUACAGAAUAUAGAUGCGUAAUAUAUCUACAUAGUAGUCUCAGGAAAAAUGGGCUUAGGUAGUAGUAGCCAGAAACUAAAAAUUAUUGUGUAUCAUUUUUUAUUUUUUAUUGAAAAACAUAAAUUAAUUUCAAAUCAUCAUUUAAGUGCCAAAUAUUUAAAAAUAAAUGUAUGGCAUUGCUGUCAUCCAUGGGCGACAGUGACCACUAGUCUUCAGAUAGGCCAUAUGAUAAUCCGCCUACAGUGGUAAUAAUAUUUUUUUUGUGUAAGUAACUCAACAACUACUUUUACUAACAUUGCUCUAUUUGUAAACAAAGUGCCCAGCGUUUUAUAUAAUAAUUGAAAUUGUUACAUUUUACUCCUUUUUAUGAUUGUUUAUACAUAAAGAAAUGCUUAAAUAAAUAAAGUAGCAUUUUUUUCCUUUUUUUUACUUAAAGAAAUAAAGUUCUAUUGGAAAACUACCACACAAACAGUAGGUAGAUGAGGACUAAUGAAAAUGUAUUAAAGUGAUUGAAUUUCUUUCAAUAGAUUGAAUAGUCUUAUUAUAUCGUUUUAAAUUUUUAACUAUACAAUUUUCUUAAAGAAUAUCUUAAUAACAUAAAAAAUACCAAUAAAACUAUCAACAUUAUUACAUAGUGAUAACCAAAUUAUUAUUAAAUUGACAAAAUUUAUAGCUGUGAUCAAGUAAUUCUUCACUACUGACCAUGCUUAUAUAAUAUGAGUUUAUUAUUUCAACUAUCCCCUCUCAACCAAGUUAAUUGGUCAUUUAUUAUUUUGAAAUAUUUCAUUUCUUGCUCAGAUCCAGUGAAUAUGGAAACAUUAAAAAUGUCAGUAUCGUUCAAAUUACUUGAAACUUCAAUUUUAUAGUUAAUUGUUUGUAUCUUUGUGUCUUCAGAUUCUUUGCUUGAAUGAAAAUAUUGCGGUUUAUAGUAUAGAACAGGAAUUUUGUAUUCUUUAAUUAUAGUUUGAACUAUU